CGAAACGGCUCCAAGAUCAUCACCUUCAAAGCUAUACGGCUGUUGAAGUGUGAGGUUUUCAUUUCUCGCAUUCAAUACAUUAUUUUGUGACUAGUAGCUCAGGGGAGCGUUGGCAGCAUUACCUCCCGUGCCCAGCUUGAUUUAUAAUCCAGAUCUCCUUUUCCUUCAUCAUUGGCCGAGACACUACCCCCUGUCGAAUCAUACUCAUGUUAAAUCCCUCUACGAAUUGUUCACUCUUUACUACCGUAACAGACUUGAUUCUUGAUAAUGAGCUCAACGUCAGAAGUGACAUUGAUUCCUUGGGAUCCGCUGUCCGAGCCUCAUCGAAUACUGCUCUUCAAACAGCGAGUGGAGUGCUCUUGGGACAUGGAGAUGGUCCAAGAGAUAUGGAGAGAUGAACAGAUUAGAGGCGAGAAGUGCAUCUAUUGGAUUGCCCUCCCAGCCGACGACUUCGUGGGAGGGGAAAGCGAGAAGCUGGCGGACACGGCCGUAUCCAUUAAUGCAGCAACACGCCAACCAACACAAGCAGACUUCAUCCCAAUUGGACAUAUUUCCCUAGACUUGAGGAACAAGAAGGCCGAGAAAAUGGACCUCGAAAUUCCGUCCGAGAGAGUCUUUUGGAUUAAAACCUUCUUUAUCCUACAUAACCUCCAGAGCAAAGGAGUUGGACGAGCAGCCAUGGAUGAAAUUGAAAAAAUCGCUGUCCGAGAGCCUCUACGCGCUAAGACUUUGAUGCUGGAUACCGUCGAGAGAGAAGAUCAACUGAGAGAGGAGUUUGCUAGGGCUACCUAUGGAAGCGUUCCGAAGAUUACUAAUCAGGAUUGGUAUAGUAGACGGGGCUAUAGAUCUCUUAAGAUUGUGCAGAACUACUACGAUAUCAAGGAUAAGAAUGGAAAGAAGUGGGAUACCAAGACCAUAUUCAUGCGGAAGGACCUUCCGUGACGAACUGCACGCAGUAGAACAGGGUGAAGGAUAGCUACAUAUCUAAAUAUCUGCAGUAUGUGAAAGAUUGCCGCCACGGAUUGAUUCUCAAUUUUUUGUUGCUAUAUCGCUCUCUCCUUCCGACAAACAUAAAUCCACGAACUCUAAUUUAUCAUCAGACGCGCUUAACGUGGUUGCCCAAGGUACCCCUGAGGCUCCUAUCUUCUCCGCAGCCAAUCAAAAC